AUGAAUGGCACACUCAUUUGUUACACAAAAGAAUCACAUGCAUGGGGAUGGGAUCAAUUUCUCAAGUGGUCUGAUCUUCCAACAAGUUACAACUCAAAAAUCGAGUUUAUCACCGUUGAAUGUCAAUUCAGCUUCAAAUAUUACGAUUUUUCGAAAAAUCCAGCAAUCUUCUCUGAUGCUUCUUUCAAAGGUGGAACAGAUGAAUAUCAUAUCAGCAAAGGGGUUCGUAAUGUUAUAGUUUUUCGAGAAAAAACAACGAAAUUGUAAAUUUUCAGUAUUUCUGCACCUACUCCAAGUUCUUCAAUGAAAAAUUUGUGAAAAACAACGAGACUACUAUCACUAUUGAUGAUGUCAAAUCUGAGGAGUUUUUGAUGUUAUUGGCAGCAUUGUUGCCUGAUCCAACUACAAUCACUUGUAAGUUGUAACUGUCUAGAAAAUCCUAUUCAAACUCUUAUUUUCAGCUCGAAACUAUGAUAUUCUUCAAAACCUUACCGAAAAGUUCGAAAUUUGCUCGCUCGCUAAAAGAUGUGAUGAUUAUUUCAAGAAGAACCAAUGCUCUGAAAUUAUCGAAAAAAUAAAAAAAGCUGAGCAGAAAAACGACACUAAAUCGAUUGUAAGUUAUUUUCUAGUCGUGAGAAAACUUCUAGAUUCUAAAUGAAGCUAAAUAUUUCAGCCAACCAUUCUUUCAACUGUAAAUCGCGGAAGAGAGCUGAAAAUACUUUGGCAAGAUGAAUAUUACGAGCAUUUUGAAGAUAUCACAAAAUUGGCUUGCGCGGAUGUUGCUUUUAAAUUUCUCUAA